CACGAGGAGCCCCGCCCCCCUUUCUCUCACUUGCAACUGAGCUGAGACAGCCGGCCACCUUCUUGAUCUUGAGACCACCACAGCUAGCUAGCUACAGUACUGGUCUACUGUGUUUGUGCUGCUAUGAAGAGUGCAUCUUCUGUAGAAAAGUUGUCCAGUACUAGCACUGACUUUGCUAGUCGAGUCAAGAACCUGAUAUCCAACAGUCCCCUAAUCAAGAGAAGGAGAUCGAUGUCUCUACACUCUGCACCAUUGUCAAACAAGGUGUUUGGUGUCCCACUGGAGCUGCUGUGGAGAGGGGAUGUCCCUUUCAUUAUACGCAAGAUAGUGGGCCACAUUGAGCAGAAUGGUCUGGACACAGAGGGAAUAUAUAGAAUCAAUGGAAACGCCAAAAAUAUUGAGAAGUUGAAGUCAUUAUUUGACAAAGUUGGUGAUGCUAAUUUUGAGGGAGAGGAUAUUCCGCCAAUAGCAGGUCUCCUCAAGCUAUUCUUGAGAGAGCUACCAGAUGCUGUGAUCCCUGGCUCUAAGAUGUCAGAGUUCCUCCACCUGCAACAGAGCUCUCCCAGUGAGCCCUCACCUGAAGCUAUCUCUGCCCUCAAGGCUCUGAUCCACACUCUCCCCCCUGCCAACUAUGCAACUCUGAAAUAUCUAAUACAGCAUUUGGCUAACGUUGCUGCUCACAGAGAUAUGAAUAAAAUGACUCCGGUAUCUUUGUCCAUCGUUUUCGGGCCCAAUAUAUUUCACUGUGGAGAUGGGAUUCAAGGUUUGCAACUGCAGGGAUUUAGUAAUUCAACAGUUUGUCGAAUGGUGUUGUAUCAUGCUGUCUUGUUUGGAGGAGUGGAGGAAAUAAAGAUACACAAGAGGUCCUCCCCCAUUAGACCACGACCAUACUCUGAGCAUGUUGCAGACAAGAAAACCCGACCAGUAAGUCAUGAACAAACUCUCUCACCAAUCCGAACAUUUGAUUCGACCUCUGACCUCGAGCGUUCGUAUUCUGAGAAAAGCAUUGAUGAAGCCAUACUUGAGCGCACAAUGUCCCCUGUUAGCCCUGCCCACCUACAUGAGGGAAAAUCCCCCUCUCAAGAGAAUAUUCCUGUCAUCAACGAAGAUUCCUCUUUCCAACGACAAUACGCUAAACGAGGAUUAAAGUACACACAACGCUCCUCAGAAGAUGAACAGGUCAAAGGUCAAUCCAGCGAUAGUUCAGAUGUCAGAAUGCCCUCACCCAUCGAAGGUCAAGGUUCACCAUCUCACAGUAGAUCAGUUUACAAGAGAUCCCAAAACUCUGCAAUGAGCAUGCUCAGUAGCGACAAUAUGUCCGCCUCAUUGCUGAGCAGUCUAGGGGACAGUCCCCAUACCUCUCCCACCAUCACACCGCGAUCAUCAAGAAUGGUUGACACUGCAAUAGAGCAAUCAAUACAACAGUACCUCUUCCAGCCUGGAGCCACCGCUGCACAGACUCCUACUAAAGCUGACGUGUAUGGUCUAUUACUGCCAGAGAAAUACCAACAACAACCCAGCCAUCAUAUUGAACCAGUUGUGAAACGCCGUCGUACCUCAGACGUCAAGAAAAUGCGCCACAGAAAGAGCUCCCUCUAUAGUGACACUCCUCCACCAAUGGCUGCCAUGGAGGGCACUGCUGGCAUGGAGGGCACUGCUGGCAUGGAGGGCACUGCUGGCAUGGAGGGUGCUGCUGGCAUGGAGGGUGCUGCUGACCUAGAGGGUGCUGGUGACCUAGAGGUGCAGAUACGCAGUGUCAGUCCAGAGCAUUGUGUGGAGACAAGACAAGUACGUCUCUCAGAAUUAGUGGCACGGUUUGAGAAUGAGGGGGUGGAUGGUGAUGGAGUGGAGGGGGUAGAUGGUGAUGGAGUGGAGGGGGCGGUAGAUAUGAAGAAGUGGAAACCUUCUAACAAGGCGUUUGAAAUGUUUGAAAAGAAAGGACUUGUGAUUGCAAUGGCUGGAGCUCCAAGAGUAUCAUUCGCUUCCACUACUACCACCAUUAGUCCAAGCCCCUCCCCCUACACAAGCCCCACCCACCACACAGGUUACACCCACCAAUCCAGCGGCACACUGGCUAGUGAUGACCUCACAACUGUCUCCAAGCUUCUCUCCACUAGCACCAACGAAGAUGAGGAUGUUUUCACAUCUCCCGCCCACACCACACACCACACUGGCACACAAAGCACACCCUCCACAUCUGAUGACGUUUUCUUAUCCGACAGUGGGAAUCUAGAUAUUGUGAAGAGAGAUGCAAUGCUAGUACAUGCGAAUCUGUCUCGGCCUAGGGGUCCGGCCAACAGACGCAGACCCUCACACUCACCGAGGCCUUCACUAGAAACCAACCAAUCAGAUUCCUCGCCCGUCCUAAAGGAUGAGCUGCCGCUAGUAUGGCCCUCGGAGAGGUCAAAGGUGACUGAGGGUUGGCAUGAUGACGUGGACUCGGGAGAGUUGAGUGUGCAGGAGAUGACAGCAAGAUUAAAUGUUCUCAAACGUGAGGUUCGUGGCUUUGAGGCACAAUUUUUCUCCACUCACCUUCGUAAGCCGAUUGGAGAUGAGAAAGGACCAAUCAAAUAUCUGCUAGAGGAAGCAUCUUUUCUCAGAAAGCAGCUCAAAGGUCUGCGAGAAUUAUCCAGGAGUGAUCAACUGGACAAUCCCGCCACUAGUGAUGAUACAAGACUAACCUCUCCUCCAAGUAGUACUAGCCAACCACAAGAGGAGUCUGUCACACUGACCCAACCCACCAUUAUCAGUGGCUCUGUGAAUGAAGAGGAUGCUAGACUGAAGGGAACUCUCAACAAGUUAAUGAAUGGUCUGGAUAAUAGGAGACAAGCUAACACAAGACCCGGGGACCUUUACCUCAUGAGUGUUGAUCAGUUAGGUCAGGAGAAGCGUGAUAUUCAAAAAGCUCUGCUCCAGUUUGAGAAGGUGCACGGACGACCCUCCAGCCGCCAUGACAAGGAGACCAUGAGACCACUCUAUGAUAGAUAUAGACUAGUCAAGAAACUGACGAGUGCAGACCACAAGGGCAAUAGCCCCUCCCGCCAUUCCCUGGGACCACUAGAGUCGACUACAGACACUCUACCAUCAGUGACUCUGUUACACUCGGCCACUCUGAGUGGUCUACCCAACAGUGUGAUGGCACCAGGAGUGGAGGUCAGUCAGGUACAAGAAAUAUUGACUGACUCACAACUUAAGAAAGCUACAAUUGAAGAGCUGAUUCAGCAAAACAAAUUAUUAUUGGGGACUAAAAAAGAGCUACGAAUUUUACUGAGGGAAUUUGAGACUAAAUAUGAGACUGACAAUGGACGGGCAGUGGUGAAGGAGGAGAGAGGAGGCAUGCAGGAACACUACACUCAAUACAAGGAUGUUAAAACCAAGCUCAAGAUUGUUGCCGCUCAAUUGAGCAAGAAUUUGCCACAAAAGACAAUCUAAUAUAACAUUGUAAUUAUCUAUUUCAGUAUUUUUAACCCUUCUCAGUGUGUAGUUCAUGUACAAGCAGUUUCUGUUAUUAUGCACGAGUAAAGUUAGUCUCAUGAAUCA